AUUAGUUAGAAUGGUUUUAGGUGCGGGUGCUGAACAUUAUAGUCUUGUAAAAACGUUUACUAGCAGUACUUUUAAUAUUGUAACCAGAGAUGUUUCAAGUGCCGUGUGGAAUCAUGUUCUACAUUGAUUCCCAUUAAAACAGCACGCAUUUUUCUGUCACUUGUCAAUACGCAGCAUCACAGACACAGCAUCACAGACUCCGCAGGACACGACUAGCAGCGGAACGACAGAGGAAGGCGAACAUUGUGAGGAUAUCUGGUCUUUUAUCGGCGUUAUUGGUUAUUUUCUUAGUAUUAGAAAUGUUUCAGGACCACUGGUUUGGUAUCUGGUAGGAAUAGGUUAUUGUAGCUGAUGAAAUGACGAAGAUAUGUUAUAUAAGGCGAAUAACGGAGAUCAGACAGAAUUUAACGUUGGCCUCACAAGAAUCGCAUGUGAUACCUCGACUGUACCGCUCUCUAGUAUGGCACAUCUUUAGUUUAGGUAGCUAUCCAGAUAGCUAAUAAUACUUACUGGAUUUGUUUUUCUUGGCACACGGACGUGAUUUUACAGUUACAUCUAAUCUCUGAUAGAUUCAACUAACGUUAGUUUGGUAGCCGUUUUAAAUGCUGGUCUACCCGGUAUUGUGUACAUUUAAUUUAGCGCGCUAGUCGGCUAACAAGCUAACGUUAGCUACAAAAUAAGAAUUGCCAAAAUUCUGGCCAAUGUUUACUAGGUCAUAGAAUACAGUAGCUUGUAAUUCUAAUAAUUAUAGCUAGGUAAUUAACGUUGGCUAUUAAAUAAAUCCAGCCGGUUUACCCAUGGUUUUUGUAGGUUUAUAAUCCAAUCAGACAUAAAUGAUCUUCAUGUGAAAUGAACCCACGUCCUAAUUUAGAAAAGAAAGAAUUAACAUUAGGCCACUUGAGACUAGGUUAAGCUGCUUAAAGCUUUUUUUCUAGUUUUUAGUUUAGCUAUAUAACUAGCUAGAUACAGUAGUUUGGACGCGUCGGGAUCUUGCCUGGCUACCUCCUGUACAGAGAAAACACGCCGAUCAUAACUGUCUGUGUCAGUUUUCUAAAUCGCCGUUUUCCGUGCCGACACAAUGGACAGUCACACGGAUGAUGACAGUAUGAGAGUCGGGGAGGUGGAACCCAUGCCUGGCUAUACGGGUCUCCUAACGAGAGCGUCUACUGUGAUGCUCAGUGCCUUGAGAGACUGCAGCGCGUGCGGUCUAGAGCUCUCUAAAAGGACGCUCCUGGAUAACGCUUAUAUUACAUGGACCGAAAUCGGCCUUUUCUUCAUGUGCGCCGUUAUGUGGACGCAGAUACGACGGGGACUAACAGAAUGUCUGUUCAAGCCGUUUGCACAACGGUGUUGUCUCCAGCCCAAAGAUACUGCCAAGAUGCCAGAGAGCGCGUGGAAGCUGGUCUUCUACACCAUGUCCUGGUCCUACAGCACCUACCUGCUCUUCUUCACCAACUACACCUUCUUCCACGACCCGCCCUCCGCAUUCUAUGACUGGAAGAGUGGCAUGACGGUACCCACGGACAUCGCCAUCGCCUACCUGAUCCAGGGCAGUUUCUACGGACACUCCAUCUACGCCACGGUCUACAUGGAUGACUGGAGGAAGGAUUCUACCGUCAUGGUGGUGCACCACGUUGUCACUCUGGCCCUCAUCACCUUCUCCUACGCUUUCAGAUUCCACAACAUUGGGUUACUGGUGCUGUUCCUCCACGACAUCAAUGACAUCCAGCUGGAGUUCACCAAGCUCAACGUCUACUUCAAGACCCGGGGAGGGGACUACUACCUCAUCCACGACAUCUUGUCCAACAUGGGCUCUGUCAGCUUCAGCAUCACCUGGUUUUGGUUCCGUCUCUACUGGUUCCCUCUGAAGGUUCUGUAUGCCACCUGUGUGUCCAGCCUCCAGUCCGUCCCAAACAUACCCUUCUAUUUCUUCUUCAACAGCCUCCUCUUGACACUCCUCUGCAUGAAUAUCUACUGGUUUUUGUUCAUAGUGGCGUUUGUAGCGAAGGUCCUGACGGGGCAGAUGAAGGAUGUGAAAGACCUGAGGGAGUACGAGGGUGAGGAGGGAGCUCAGAGGGCUGCAGCCCUGCUCGCGGCCCAGCAGCGGCUGCAGAGUGAAGAUGCAGGACAUCUCAACAACUCUGCUGAAGGGAAACACGUGCAGAACGGGAUCACCAAGGAGAAGCAUCUGUAAAGGCCUCUCUAGUUCCACCUUCUGGCACGACCUAGAUUGUUUCAGACUUAGCUCUAAGUGACUCUCAGGGUCUCGCGAAAAGGAUGAAAAAACUAUUGAUCAUUUUUAUUUCCGUUUUUUUUUUCUCCCAUCGUGUUCUAUAGUUUAUUUUAUUUUAUUAUAUCGCUGUGAAUGUUAUUUAAGGUGACAUUUGUCUUAUAUUAACAUUACGUUUGAAGAAAAAAAAAGUGAGUUUCGGGAAUGUUCUCUCGUGUAGCCUACCAGGACGUUUAGAAUUAGUGUCAUCCCUAACGAACACUCACCAGACAAGUCUAAGCUAGUGAUGUUUAGGUAUCUAGUCUAGACCUAUACAAACUAGAUAACGUGCACAUGUUAGAGGACUAAAGCGCUCACACAGUAUCCAUGUCAGAGGUCAUCUCUAGUAUAGAGAGACCUGUCUUUUUAAAGAGCAUUCCUCUUAGAAGCGUAGUGGCUAAUUUAGUUUUUACCUCCUCUUAUCCCAGGAGUGAAGGCUAAAAUACUAAAGGGAAGUAUUACAUCUUGUCACUACCGCAGGUGUGAGAGAGUGCAUGUAAUUGGCUGGCUUUGUUUUACCAACGUGUAUUGAUUUUCAUAUCAUUGCACAGGUCGAUACUGAACACAGCCUGACCUGCAUUAUUUGAAGAGCCACGUCAGUGUAGUAUUGAUGUCUUGCAAAUGUGAAUUACUCGUGUUCAGAUUUUUAAAGGAAACAUAAACCUUUCAAUUUUUUUUUUUUUUUGCCGUCGAUAAAUACGCAUAAGAAAUAUUGCUUGCAUUCCUGUAUCGAAAAUGUAUUGUCACAUUUUCUGUUUUUAUAGCAUCUGUUGUUGCACUGAAAUGAAGGCAUACAAGCUAAUAGCUGGUUAAUGACAGCUGAUAUACACUACCAGUCAAAAAUUUGGACACACUUACACAUCCCAGGUUUUUUAUUUAUUUUUUAUUUCUACAUUAUAAAAUCAUAGUGAACACAUCAAAACUAUGAAAUAACAGAUGGAAUCAUGUAGUAACCAAAUAAGUGUUAAAAAUAUUUUAUAUUUGAGAUUCUUUAAAGUAGCCACCCUUUGCCUUGAUGACAGUUUUGCACACUAUUGGCAUUCUCUCAACCAGCUUCAUGAGGUAGUCACCUGAAAUGCAUUUCAAUUAACAGGUGUGCCUUGUUAAAAGUACAUUUGUGGAAUUUCUUUCCUCCUUAAUGCAUUUGAGCCAUUCAGUGCCAUGGUAGGGUUGGUAUACAGAAGAUAGCCCUAUUUGGUAAAAGACAAAGUCCAUAUUAUGGCAAGAACAGCUCAAAUAAGCAAAGAGAAACAACAGUCCAACAUUACUGACAUGGUCAGUCAAUCUGGAAAAUUUCAAGAACUUUGAAAGUUUCUUCAAAUGCAGUCUUUAAUAACCAUUAAGCGCUAUGAUGAAACUGGCUAUCAUGAGGACUGCCACAGGAAAGGAAGACCCAGAGUUACCUCUGCUGCAGAGGAUAAGUUCAUUAGAGUUACCAGCGUCAGAAAUUGCAGCUCAAAUGAAUGCUUCACUAAGUUCAAGUAACAGACACAUCUCAACAUCAACUGUUCAGAGGAGACCGCGUGAAUCAGGCUUUCAUGGUCUAAUUGCUGCAAAGAAACCACUACUAAAGGACACCAAUAAGAAGAGACUUGACUGGGCCAAGAAACACGAGCAAUGGACAUUAGCCUGUGCUUUGGUCUGAUGCGUCUAAAUUUUUGAUUUUUGGUUCAAACCGCUGUGUCUUUGUAAGAUGCAGAAUAUGUGAACGGAUGAUCUCUGCAUGUGUGGUUCUCACCAUGAAGAAUGGAGGAGGAGGUGUGAUGGCAUGGGGUGCUUUGCUGGUGACCCGGUCAGUGAUUUAUUUAGAAUUCAAGGCACACUUAACCACCUCAUUCUGCAGCGAUACGCCAUCCCAUCUGGUUUGUGCUUAGUGGGAUUAUAUAUAUUUUUUCAACAGGACAGUGACCCAACAGACCUCCAGGCUGUGUAAGGGCCAUUUGAGCAAGGAGAGUGAUGGAGUGCUGCAUCAGAUGACCUGGCCUUCUCAAUCACUUGACCUCAACCCAAUUGAGAUGGUUUGGGAUGAAUUAGGCUGCAGACUGAAGGAAAAGCAGCCAACAAGUGCUGAGCAUAUGUGGGAACUCCUUCAAGACUGUUGGAAAAGCAUUCCAGGUGAAGCUGGUUGAGAGAAUGCCAAGUGUGCAAAGCUGUCAUCAAAGCAAAGGGUGGCUACUUUGAAGAAUCUCAAAUGUUUUGGUUACUACAUGAUUCUAUGUAUUAUUUCAUAGUUUUGAUGUAUUCUCUAUUAUUCUACAAUGUAGAAAAUAGUAAAAAUAAAAUAAAACAUUUGAAUGAGUAGCUGUGUCCAAACUUUUGACUGGUACUGUAGCUGAAAUCGAUUGAUUGGGUUGAGCAUCAACCUUAUGAUUUCGUGGAAAGAAAUGGAUUUGACUCAUCUUAAUAACCAAUAUGUUGGUAGUUCACAGAAAGCAAAGGGCCCUUGUGUAAAAGAAGAUCAAAAUCAAAUAUUUAAAAAACAUAUAUGCACAUAUGAUAUUCAGGAAUGCAUGACACUACAAUGGUUUUUGGAAUGUGCUAUGAAGUCAUUUUUUAAUAACACAAAUGAAGAAAGAACUACAUAAUCGUAUCCUUUAUCAAUGUGCAGAACUCAUCUUUAAAAAAGUGAAGUCAUUCAAGCAGACACCACCACACAGUCCAAAAGGUUUGGUUAUCCUCUUUGCAUUUGAAUGUGCUCCUGGUUGUGUGUGCCUGUGUGCUGCGAAUCUCCAGGUUUUUCUUUGCUGUGACUUAGAGGGGGUGCUGUCCUUUAUGAUCAAAUUCAAGCUCUUUCGUUAUGAUGAACAGCAUGCUUGUGCUGGAACAGUCCACAGAUGUGGGCAGGUAGAAGUGUUCAUAGUUGUGGUCUUUCAGUCCCCAGCUACCACUAGUGCCAGUGCCCAGCAUAACCUAGCUUUUGAUUUUACAUUCAAACAUUGUCAUUAUUAUUCUAGUUUUUUUUUUUUAAUUGCUGCUGUUUCUGAGAACACUGUUUUGUAAUCCAGUCGUGUCCCUUUUCCUGUGUAUGCAUCUGUUAAUUGUUAGAUACACAUGAUGAGGUGCCCUGAUUUCUCCCGUGGUACUGUCCACGAAGACGUGUGCACUUUUCCUCCACCUCGGCCCAGCUCUCUCCCGGUCUGUCCUCUCCACCAGACAUAAAACACCAACAACCUGAUUGGCUUUGUGAGGUGAAACUACUCACAGCAAAUUCACACAAAAAAAAGUUAAGAGUAGCAGUCAGUCAUUUUAAGUUUAAUUUCGAGGCAGAUUUCGCUGUUCUUUUUGACCAGCAUUGAAUACAAAAAGUCCAUCCACGGUUCAGGAUGAAAAUGUGAAAACAUUUUGUGGAAGAAGUAUUGUUCUAUGCAUUUCCUUUUGAUAGUUUAAUGCUUUAAGAAUGUGCCAAAAAUAUUGAUCUUUAUCACCGAGAAGUGUUCUGAUGAGAGGCCUGGUUGAGACCCGAGUGGCUGGAGGAGAAAGAGGGAGGUUGUAGUGAAUAUGAAGGGCUUACACCACACAGGGGUUUCUUACAAAUUGCACUUGUCAUUUGUUUUGUUUAUUAGGGGGGGAAAAAAUUCAGGGAGAAUUAUCAUUUGUAAGAAAUCUGGGCACUUAAAAGUUUCAAUCUGACCACUUUCUAAAUACAACCACUUGGGAAUGACAGGCACUUACUCUUUUGUAAUACAUUUUUUAAAUAAUUACAUUCAACCAGUGUUAUUGUAUCAUGUUUUCCCUUAAGAUAAAACAUGUGAAUUAAAAAAAAGAAACCUGCGUCUGACUUAUUUCAACAAAUUAAUUUAUUCUUUGUCAUUUUUCAUUGCAAGAAUCAAGUUUACGUGGACCAGGUAAAACAGUCGAGACAAAGGUAAAAUGUAGGUGUUGGACAAAAAGAGUCUUGAGAGUUCAAGUCGGUGCAGUUUAGCAUAGUGUGCUUCAAUAAAUAAAAAUGUAAAUAUAUAUACCAGUUUUUUACCUUGUGUUGAUAGGUGAAUCUUACCAGUCCAUUUGCUCUCACUGACUGCGAGAGCGUUAUGGGAUUCCUACAUGUGAUACUGCAUGCCAACCACAGCACACAAGCGUUGUCUCCUCUGCCCUCAAGAUCAACGACCGUAAGGGAUAUAGACGAAGACGAGGGACAACACAUUGACAUUACCAGACUCCGUCCAAAAGGUCCAAUUUGAUCUACCAACGUCAUGUCUUAAGACUUUAAUUGAUGAGAGCAAGGGGGGAUUUCAACGUGCUGUGUCUGCACAUCGAUGUAGAGCUCACCGUGUUGCAAUAGACAUGUCCAGAUAAUCUCCCAACACGAUUCUGUCUCAGUCUGUGACCUUACUGCAACACUGCAUACAUCUGAUUAACAUAUUUGUGGGAGGGGAGGGUCUAAUGUUUUCACAUUUUAAAAAGGGCAUUUGUAAUCAAAACUAAGUAAGUCGCAUACUGUAGUAACACUAGUAAACUAGUCUACAAAGGGGUGAAACCGAGAAAAAAAAAGAAAAAAAAAUCCAUUCUAUAACCGUACUUACUCUAGUGAUGGCAAUGGGUAGUAUGGGGGACAAUUUAUCAUUCUAAAUGCAUGUUCUUAUUCAUACAUACACUGCCUUCAGAAAGUAUUCACACCCACCCCUCAACCUUUUCCACAUUGUUGUGUUACAGCCUGAAUAAAACAUUUAUUAAAUUGAGAUUGUGUGUCACUGGCCUACACACAAUACCCCAUAAUGUCAAAGUGGAAUUAUGUUUUUAGAUAUUUUUUACAAAUUAAUUACAAAAGAAAACCUGUAAUGUCUUGAGUCAGUAAGUAUUCAACCCCUUUGUUAUAGCAAGGCUAAAUAAGUUCAGGAGUAAAAAUGUGCUUAUUAACAAGUCACAUAAGUUGCAUGGAUUCACUCUGUGUGCAAUAAUAGUGGUUAACAUGUAAGGUCCCUCAGUCGAGAAGUGAAUUUCAACCACAAAGGCCAGGGAGGCUUGCCAAGGCCUCGCAAAGGGCACCUAGGAAAAAAAAAAAAAAAAGAGCAGACAUUGCCUUUGAGCAUAGUGAAAUUAUUACACUUUGGAUGGUGUAUCAAUACACCCAGUCACUA